AUGCCAGAAGAUGUUCGAUUCAACUUGGUAGAUGGAGACAUUGACUUCUCCUUCUCCGGUACACACCCGGCGGCGCAGCGGCAAUCGCAGCCUCAGCAGCAACCUUUACAGCAUGCAGAGGCUCGUAGGAAGCGCAGGCAGGGAGCUGGCGCAGCUGCAGCAGAAGCAGAGGCGCCAACCUCCGCUGCUGCAACCAUCCUGCAACAGCAGCAGAAACUACUGACUCAGCAGGGCAAGAGGCGGGAACGCAACCUGCAACUCCUCUUGAAGCAGCAGCAGCAGCAGCAGGAAGAGCAGGCGAACUCAGAUGAUGAUAAGAACUUUAGCAGCGUAGCCAGGCUCUCCAAGAGCAUAGCUUCCCGCCAGCAGCAGCAGCAGCAGCUUGUUGCAGCUGCACAAGCUGCUGCAGCAAUAAAUAAACGAAAGAAAAAGAAAAAGAAGAAAAACAAAGUCGACUCUUCGCAACCGGCUCAAAAGGAAGACGGGGAGGAGCAGCCAACGCCUGAGGCAACGGCGGGAGCAGAUAUCGAUAGCAGCAGCAGCAGCAGCAGCAGCAGCAGCUCUAGCAACAAAAAGAAAAGGAUGAAUCCAAGCUCUUCUUCGCCAGGAGAUGAGGGAAGCUCUACUACUGCUGACUCCUUAGAAGAGGAUAAAGGAGGAGAUGGAGACAGAGAGCAGCAGCAGCAGGGGCCAAAAAGAAAAAGACAGAGACGAAAACCACAGCAGCAGCAGCAGCAGCAGGAACAGGAACAGCAGCAGAAGCAGCAGGAGGAGGAUGGGGAAGGGGAUGAAGAAGGCACUUGGGAGACGGAGCAAAAUCUAGGGCAGGGUUGGGCAGCAGAGGACAAGAAGUUGGAGCAGCAGCAGAAGCAGCAGAAGCAGCAGCAGCAGGAGGAGCAGCAGCAAAAGAAGUGGGUGAAGCUAAGGUCUAAGACGAAGGGAGGCCGCAGCAUAAUAAUAAAACGUGCUGUUAAUGAUGGCAGCAGCAGCAGCAGCAGCACAAAGAGGAGAACAAAGACAAGAAGCAGACAAAAAAACAUUAAGAAAGAUAAGAGACCUGAUAACAUGAAGCCGACGUAUUUAACACAAAAGAAGAACUAA